UUGGAAAAACGCGUCUGCUAAAAGACUAAAUGUAACGCAAAAUGUGCACGUGAUGAUCACUUCGGGGGGAGGAUUACCGAACAAGUUUGUGCUCGUCCUUUUGUCAAACCGCGUGUGAAGUAUUUUACAAGUACCGUAACUUUACUCGAGUCCUAUCUGUGACUCGGCUUCCCCCCAGGACUUCAAGAGCAAGAAGCAAUCUUUUCUACCCCGUGUGAGAAGUCGAAUCCUAUAUUUGUUUUUUUUUUGCAUUUUGGUCGGAUAUUGCAGUGUGGCGCAAUUAAAAUAAAAUCUUGCCUAGGGCACCAACCGAGGCUGGGCCGCCCCUGGGUGUAUAUACAGUAAAUUGGUAAUAUAUCAUAUAGCAGUUGAAGAUGCAAAAUUGGACUUCCAACUACACCCUCGACUGCAACCUGAAUGUCACCAACAACACCCUAAUACUCCACAAAGUCACAUCUAUACCUACGUUUAUCCUGGGGCUUCUUGGAAACAUCUACGUGUUUGUGAUAUUCUCCCGCCGUCCCAGAAAGGAAUGGACAAACAUGAUGAUCUACAUCACCAACAUGGCCAUCGCCGACAGCGUUGUAUUGGCGAUCCUCCCCUUCAUGAUUCAUUUCUACAACUCUAAAUUACCCCCAGAGUUCAAGGCCAUUUGCAACAUUGUUUUGUCACUUUUUUACGUGAACAUGUACGUGAGCAUCUUCACGGUAACGGCCAUUAGCGUCGUGCGCUACAUCGCUGUCAAGUUUCCGCUGAAAGCGCGGGAAAUCUUGUCAAGGAGAAGCGCGCUGGUGGUUUGUGGGCUUAUAUGGCUGGUUAUGCUCUGUUUUUGCCCCAUUUACUUUCUAAAAGACUCUGGCAAUGACAAAACCAUGUGUUUUCAGCGGGUUAAAGAAUCGUUGUCGCUGCAUUUUAUACUUUUGUUGACUGUAGUCGGGUUCCUCUUGCCGUUUCUCAUCGUGUUGUUUUGUUCCAUCAAAAUCAUUUGUACUUUGAGAAAACGGCUAGAUGUUGGACACCGUUCCGAAAAGCUCCAAUGCAUGUUUAUAAUUGCGGCGAAUUUGAUUGUUUUCGUCAUAUGCUUCCUUCCCAUACACUUUGGUUUUAUUUUAAAAUACAUCGCACAGUCGUACGACUUCAGCUGCGACGCGCAGGUCUUCGCCCACAACUUCGUGCACGUCGCGAUGUUCGUUUCCAUCAUGAACUGCGGUUUGGACAGUUUCUGUUAUUAUUUUGCGACCAAAACAACGUGGAAUAUAUGUGGCACGAAAGUAAGAAACGAAGCCUCUGAGUGAACUCAUAAAUG